AUGAUUUCAUUUUUUACAUUUAUUCUUUUCACUACAAUAUUUCAAUAUUGUAAUUUUAAUAGACUGAUCCGUGGUGAUAUCUUAUCACCCAACAAAACAUUAAUUUAUAAUAUAACACAAAUUCUCGAUUCAAUUCUUUUCAAUCAUGAUCGACAUUUUAGACCAAUUAAUGAAGAUCCUUACUCACCAUUACAAGUUGAAAUUGAUAUUUCUGUGCGUAGCAUUGGACCAAUAUCAGAACAGAAAAUGGAAUUCUCAUUAGAUUGCUAUUUCCGUCAGAAAUGGUUAGAUCGACGUUUAGCAUUUGAAAUGUUUGAUAAAGCCAAGGAUUUGCCAAUAUCUAAUAAAAUGCUAAAGGAUAUAUGGAAGCCAGAUACUUACAUUCGAAACGGACGACACUCAUAUUUACAUACUUUAACAGUACCAAAUAUUCUUUUUCGAGUUCGUUACGAUGGACAAAUUCAUAUAUCACAAAGAUUAACAAUACAAAGUCGUUGUGAAAUGUUUUUCAAAAAAUUUCCAAUGGAUUAUCAGGCAUGUCCAAUUGAAAUUGGUAGUUUGGGUUAUUUUUCAAAAGAUAUUAUUUAUGUUUGGAAAAAUGUUGAAUUAGACAUAGCGAUGAGUGAUAUGCUUGCACAGUAUCAAUUAAUUGAUAUUAUUAAAACAUCACACAACUGGUCUAUUCCACAAAACAACAAUUUAAAUAUAUCUGUGCUUAAAGUAUACUUUAAGCUUAAGCGACAACAAAGCUUUUAUAUAUUACAAAUUUAUACUCCGUGUACAUUAAUUGUUAUUGUAUCGUGGAUUAGUUUUUGGAUUAAUAAAGAAUCAUCGCCAGCACGUGUUUCAUUAGGCAUAAUGACAGUACUUUCGGUGUCAACAUUGGGUUUCAGUUAUCGAUCUGAUUUACCAAGAGUUUCGCAUUCAACAGCUCUCGAUAUUUAUAUUAUUUCAUGUUUCGGAUUUGUUUUUGCUGCAAUGAUUGAAUAUGCUAUUAUCAAUCAUGUAAAUACAGCUAACAUCCGGAAAAUGUUUCAUCGAAUUGCCACUGAAGCAAAUGAAAAAAUGAAAAUAAAGAAUGCAACGAAUGUAGUCAAUCGAAUAGAUUCUGCUUCCAAAAUUGUUUUCCCAUCGCUCUACAUUUUAUUCAAUAUUAUCUAUUGGCUAGCUUUUCUUUAUUGGAUUCCCGAUGAAAUAAACAACCUCAUUUAG